GACCUCGUGUAUGAUAAAGGCUGCAAUGAAACCCGACGUCAUCAAAAGGAAACACCCAGUACGUCAUUUAGUGAUACCGCCCACAGUUUUGACACUGGGAAAAUGGCGACGAGUGUUUUACGGUUCUCCCUACGACCCAUAGUCAGGAACGCGGGCCUGCUUCGUCGUAACAGCGAUUCGAAAACACCAUAUCUAAACAGGACGGCGCAAAUCAGAAGUGUGGUUUCGUCGUCGUCGGGUGCAAUCCUACCGAAACCGGAUAAAACGCCCUUUGGUCUCAUUCGAAUGACUGCAGUGGUGGUGCCAUUCCUCUAUGUGGGAACUCUGAUCAGCAAGAACUUUGCCGCUCUCUUGGAGGAGCAUGACAUCUUCGUCCCGGAGGAUGAUGAUGACGAUGACUGAACUGAUUUAAGACAUGCUGAUAUAUGUGACCUUAUGGUGCAUUGCUGAGUGGAAGAAUAUCAUAAGGCAAAAGGAAAAUGAGGAAGAUGAGCGACACAUGUCCUUCCUUCCAUCCAUCUACCUCUGCCCAUCUCACUCCUCUGUCUUUUUGUGUGUCACCUAAACAUCCAUUUUCUAAUUCGCUUAUCUUCACAAGGGUCACGGGCUUGCCGGAGCCUUCACCUAAACAUAUUUCAAUAAUUCACAUAUCAUGUGAAACUGACAUAAAGGAAAGCCUUCACUCUUGUUUGCAUGUUUGCAUCUUGUGAACUCAAUUAAAGUGAGUCAUUACAAUAUGAAAA